AUGGACAAGCAGCUUCGGCGCCGUGCAACACCAUGGCUUGACAAGCCACUGGUGUUCUCUGGUAACUACCGCGAGUACGAAUGCACUUUUAACGAGACAUCUCAAUGCGACUACCAGGAGGGCUACUGGAGAUUCUGGUAUGAAGCCGAUCACCGCUAUGCGCUGCCCACCGUCGCCUUCUUCCUGGUAAGUACUAUCGUCUUCGCCCUGGUCUACGUUGCAGGAAGCUUGACCCCUCGAAGGGUCCAGCAGACAAGGCCUGUGACCAAGACCAAAGCGCUGUAUCGAUACUUGUCGUAUAGAACCUUCAGGAUCCCAGCACUCGAUUGGAACUCGGCACCCAUCGGCCUGCUGGCACUGGCAGGUGUCGGUACCAUCUUCUUCUUCGCCAUGACGCUCGGUCCAAAACCGUACUAUUGGCCGAACACGGACGACGUCGACUACGGGUCCUCGCCUCCCAUCGCGACCAGGACAGGUUGGAUGGCUUUGGCCUGCCUGCCCUUUGUGAUAGCCACGUCAGCCAAGACCAACUUCAUCACUUUGGUAACUGGCGUCUCGCAUGAGCGGCUUCAGACAUGCCAUCGUUGGAUAUCCUACGCCUUCUUUGUGCUCUCCCUGAUCCACACCUUUCCAUUCAUCAUUUACAACAUUGACAAGGGCAUGAUGGUCGACAUGUGGAAAACCACCGUCUUCUACUGGACAGGUGUAGUCGCGCUUAUUGCCCAGGCCUGGUUGACCUUUGCCUCAUGGGGGCCGCUGAGGGGUCUAUGCUAUGAGUGGUUCAAAUUCGCUCAUUUCGUCGCUGCACUCGUGUUUGUGCUGUUCUUGUUCUUCCAUUGUGACGCCACACUAACUGCGUGGGACUACUUUGCUGCUACCGGGGUACUGUUUUCCCUGUCGUGGCUGUAUCGACAGGCACGCAUCUACUUCGAACACGGUAUAAGCCAUCACGCCGAGCUAACUAUUGCUUCCAACGGCUUCAUUCGGGUUUCUGUACCGACCAAGGCAACCUGGACCGUCGCCCAGCAUUAUUUCGUUCGUUUCAUUGGCCUAGGCCCCCACGCUUUGACGCUUCACCCGUUUACGGCCUGUUCUCUACCGUCCAGGGCCGCCAGAGGCGGAUUCGACGAAUCCAAGCUGAUCUUCUUCAUUCGCCCUCGCGGCGGGUUCACGGCUCGACUAGCACAUUACACCGAGUUGCACACAAGCACCAAGAUGAGAGUCUUGUUAGACGGCCCAUAUGGUGGUGUUGAUGCCAAGGCUAUUCAUGAUAGCCAGCGCAUGCUCGUUAUCGCCGGUGGAUCAGGUGCGGGCUGGAUCCUACCUUUCAUCACAGCGUAUCUAGACCGUCAACUCCAAGCCGGGUCUCCUGUAGAUGAAGAUUCUCACCAAUCACUAAGAGUCAUUUUGGUCACUCGAGACAUUUUGACUACCACUUGGUUCGAGGAGGAGGUCCAUCAUCUGUUGAAGUCAAGACCGGAAGCGCCAACACACGGGUUUGAAGUCGAAAUAUACUACACGGGCUCGGAAGCAAACGAAGAAAAUCCAACACAGACGGGGCAAUUCUCAAAGGCCUUGGAUCACCCAGAAAAGGCAUCUCAGUCGACGCCUACCCCAGUCAUAUCGACAUCAGAUGCCGAUGAUGGUCAAAAGACGGAACCAAGGUCCGAGCCCAGCGUCCAACAUCUGAAAUCAAGGCCCAACUUGGCAACCAAGGUGGAAGAAGAGGCCAGAUCGAGUGGUGCCGGCCAGUCCCUCGGCGUCUUUGUAUGUGGUCCUCUCAGCAUGCAGAGCGAUGUUUCGGCCUCCGUGGCGCGUGAGCAGCUGGGCAUAGCAAAUAGGGGCACUGGAGACAUCCUUCUGCAUCUGGAGCAUUUCUCCUGGGCUUAA